AUUACAGAAUAAUUACACGUUACUAAAAAUAGUAAUGAUGAUCUCCACUUCAAGGCAAUUGGGAAAACGAUGGGCUCUGGAAACUGAGCAUAACAUUUUGCUUUUAGCUACCGGAGAAAAUGCUCCUUUUUUAAGUCACCAAGAAACAAUAGAUUAUGAUAAUUUCAAUGACAAUAAUCUGGAAUCAGAUUUAAAUGAAUUAACGAGUGUAAUUGAACAGUUGUCUGGACCUGGUUCAAUUGAGGCAGAUGAAUAUGUUUUCAUUGAUCAACAAGUUGAUUUUGAAGAAGAGAUGUCAAUGGAAAAAAUAGUUAAUAUUAUUAGUGGAAUAGGUUCAAAUGAAAUCAAAGAAAAUAUUACUGAAGAAAAAGUUAGUAAUAGUGAUGCUUUAGAAAGUGUUAAUAAAGUUCUAAAUUUUAUUCAACCAAAUGAUUUGAGUGUAGAUUCACAAUUAGUUAGAGGUCAUCAUAAAAAUCCCAUACUGGAUACAAUACCAUUAUGGAAAAAGCUGAUUGUAAAAGUAACAGGUGUAAAUUUAUCUUCAAAAGCAACCUUGACACUUGCAAUUGACUAUGGAACCCAAGAAAAUCAAGUAAAGUAUUAUGUAGAAAAUUCAGGCAAUAAAGAAUUAUUGAAUGAUUGGACGCAAAAAACUAUAGAAGGAAAAUUGGAUCAAUAA